AUGCUUCUGGAGAGGAACAUCGAUCGAGUGGGAGCCGAAAAACUUCUCGAAAGUCGAGGGCUAGGCGACUUUUUGUUGAGAUCGCGAGGAGAGGGAAGUGCAGCUCUGUCGCUUCGUGGUGCUACCGGAGUCCUACACAUCAAGCUCGAGCGACGGGGCGACAAAUGGGUGAUCGGAGAGGGUCCAUGCUUCCGUUCAAUCGCUUCGGCGGUCCAUUACUAUCGACGAAUCUUACCCAUACGUUAG